AUGAUCACCUUCGAUUAUCCAGGGUAUGGUUUUAGCGACAAACCAAGGGGAUUGGAGCCUUCGCCAUACACCAUCCACACAUAUGCUGAUGUGGCGGAGCAGCUUCUAACGCACCUGGGGGUGGCCAGAGUGCAUGUGCUGGCACAUGACGUCGGCGACACUGUCGCGCAGGAGCUCCUGGCGCGGCACAACUCCCGGCAGUCUGAGGCCGGUCUGACUGGGGGCGCGAGCGAUGGGCUGGAAUUGAUUUCGGUGGCGUUCCUGAACGGGGGCCUGCUCCCAGAGCUGCACCGACCGCUGCUGCAGCAGCACCUGCUGGGCAACGCCUACAUAGGCCCCCUGAUGGGCCCGCUCGUGCGAUAUGAGCGCUUUGCUAUUUCGCUGAAGGCUGUGUUUGGGCCACGCACGCCCCCGACCGAGCGCUUCCUGCGCGACACCUACGCUGCACUGUGCUUCAACGGCGGCAACCUGAUCCUGCACGAGCUGAUCAAGUACAUACCGCAGCGGCUGGAGCAUAGAGACCGCUGGGUGGGAGCGCUGCAGAUCACAGAGGUGCCCCUGGUGCUGAUUAAUGGCCCGGCAGAUCCUAUCAGUGGCCGGCACGCUGCUGAGGGGUGA